CACCAAGAUAGUCAGUCGCGCGCUAACACUCGUUUAGUCGAUUUCGGUUCUUUUUAUUACUGGUAACAAACGCGACGUAAAGGUGUUGGCACGUUUAGUCCAUUUAAUUAGUUUAAUUUUAUAUACGAUGUUCAAAUGACAUUCGGUUUACGAUUUUAAAAAGUUUAAACGACUGUGCACAGAAAGAAAAUUCAUUAUUAUUUUAAUAACUAAAAAUUUUUUAAAAGUGAAAUUUUUAUCAAGUGAUAUUUAAUUUAUUAUUUAAAUUAUAAUGAAUAAAUAAGAAACGUGAACACAAUAAUUAAAACUUUAAACUAUCAGCAAUAACGAGGAUAAAUUAAUAAAAAUAAAAUUUAGUUUAUUUUAUUUGGGAUAGUAAAUUUUAAUAAAUUAAGUGUGUACUAGAUAAAUUGUAAUGUGUGAUUGAAUAAAAUGGAAUCACCAGUCAUGUACGAAUCAACGGGCCAUCAGGUCCAGAAUCAAGCUACUGCUGAUUUGAAAAAGUCACAAAGUAUGCUUGGGAAUAAUAAUAACAAUAAUACUAACAAUAAUAAUUCGGCGUUACAAGUUAACCAUAAUCAACAGACAGGUAAUUUAGUUAGUAAAGUAUCAGCAAGUAAAGCAACUCUUCAUCAGCAAUAUGCUGAACAUUGUGCUGCAGCUGGUGAAUUGACGGAUUUAAAUACGCCGGAAAUAUCAUUAGACCUACAGAGGCUAAUUGAUGAUCCAAAUUUCAAUGAUGGUCUCUUGGAUAUGUUUAAUGAUGGCAAUGGAGCUCUCAAACACGCUAGAAACACCUCAUAUCCCAGAACAACGUUAGCAUAUAUGCCUCAGCCAGUUCACAGUGGUGCUAGUUAUCACCAAAACAGUAAUAGCUGCAGUGACAGUAAUAGCUCAUCAUCAGAUUCACCUAGUAUCAAAGAAGAACCUGUUGAUCCAGCAGAUUACAGACGUCACUGUCCACAAUACCCACCAAGUGGUUAUAAUCCAACAAACGGUGGUCCUUUUACCAAUGGUGGCCCUACAUUUACAACCCUUACACCCUCAACGCUUCCUGGUCAUCAACUCCAUCAUCAGCAUCAACAGCAACAACAAUCACAGCAUCAACAGCCACGGGGUCCUAUGAAACCAGUGCUAGCACACCAGCAUCAAGCUGCUGCUGCAGCAGCCGCUGCGGCUGUUGCCAGAAAACAAAGUAAAUCUGUUGAUAAAGCAAGUGAUGAAUAUCGACGACGACGAGAACGUAAUAAUAUUGCUGUAAGAAAAAGUCGUGAAAAAGCUAAAGUGCGUUCUCGUGAAACCGAAGAAAAAGUUAAAUUACUUGUUAAGGACAAUGAGCUGUUGAAAAAAAAGGUUGAAAUUUUAACUGAAGAAUUAAAUGUGCUUAGAUCACUGAUUGGUAGUUGUGGCGUAUUACCUGAACAGCUGCAUCGGGAACUAUCGAGGCAUUUGGAUCAAUUUCAACAACACGCAAUUGGACCUAUGUAGCAGCAACACCACCACUACUAGAAACCUCAUCAUCAUUAACAUCAACAAGUGUAGCAGUUUAACAUUUUAGCGCGCGUGCAAUUUUUCGCGACCUUCAAGACACUUUGGAGAGUAUAUCCGGCUGUGAAAGCUCAUUAUAUAUUAUUUUGUGCGUCAUUAACACUUGAAUCGAUCAUUAGUGAUCUCCCUAGUGAUUAUUCGAUUUAAUUUAAAUAUUUUAUAUAAAGUAUAAUGUACAGAAUAAUACUCCAGUCGGAUUCGCGAUUUUUUUUAUAGAUAAAUAUAAACUAAUAAUAAUAUGAUUACUCAUUAAUGAGUUUAAAUAUUAAUAUUAAACAAAAAUAUUUUUAAAAAGUGCCUUUUUCUUACUAUGUUCAUUGAACCUGCCUAGGAUAAUACUUGGACACUUUUACUAUUAUUAUUAUUAUUAUUGUUUAAUGUAAAUAAUAAGUAAAUAAACAAAGAUUAAUAUUUUUUUAGAAAUAUUUGUAAACAGGUUUUUUGACGAUUGCUAUAUGGCGCUUUUAUUAAAUAAUAACAAUUAUACCGCCAUUAUUUGAUCUCUCACUCAUCAAUAUUAACGCGUGGCAAUAUUUAUUACAUCGCCGUAAUGGCGGCAUACAUAUUAUUAAUUAAUUCUUACUCUUUGGUACCUUAUACAAUAAAUAAAUAAAUAUUGUUAUCAUGAUAUGGAAGACUGGGAUAUUGUCACCCGCGAAAAGUUAUGAUAUAUUUGGUCUUAACGUUUCGUAAGAGAAAAUAAUUAUUGAUGUCAUAUAUAUCAUCAAAAAAAAAUAUAAAUAUAUAUAUAUAUAUAUAUAUAAUUAUUAAAAUUAAACAUAAAGAUAUAAUUGUAUAUUUUGUUAGCAUGGCGUUGUGAUUAGAUGCAAUUGUUUUAUAAACAUAUUAAAUUAAUUAGUGUAAAAUACUGUACUCAAGUAUACCUCGUGACAUUCAUUUUUAUGUACGAUAUAAUAUAAUAAUUUUGAAAAAUAUUUUAUUUUAAUUCUAAAAACAAAAAACAAAGGAAAAUAUUAAUAGAAAUUUAUUUUUGAAAAAAAAAUUGUUAUUUUUAAAAGUUUAAUAAAAAUCUGCAUUACUCAUGAAAUAACAAAAAAAAAUAUUAUAAAUCAGUGGCAAAUCCCAUGGCGUUAAUUUAUAAACAAAAAAUACAGAAAAAAAGGUUUAAGCACAAUAAAAACAAUAACAAUAAAAAAAAAACACACACACACAUGUGCACAGCCUUGUAUUAUAUAGUUAACGUAAUACUAAUUAUAAUGACAAAAAAAUAUACGUAAAAAUUAAUAUAUUUUAUUUGUUUAAAAAGUGAGAAUGAAUUAUUUUUUUGUGUGUAUAAGAGUAAGAAUGAAUCACAUAUUAUUUAAUUUGGAAAAUUAUAAAUACAAAAGAAAAAAAAAUAAGAAAAAAAAAACGUUAUGUUUAUAUACAUUAUAUACUUUAUAUUUUAUUUCUGGUUGAUAAUAUAUUGUAAAACAAUAAUAUAUAUCGCCGAAAUUCAUUAAGUUACCGUUAAAUGUGUGAAGCGGGCUUCAUUGUUCAUUCAUUUGAUUGUUGAUAAUUAUCAUACGUGAAUGUGGAUUAAGAUUGAGUCGUCGAGUAGAAUACAUAAUGAUAAUAGACUCAUCUAUUGUUUUUAUUUUUAUUUUUCCUUUUACUUUUUUUUUGUUCUCAUCUAUUCCCUCCGUCUUUCACUUUCUCACUCCUAAUAAUUCUCUCUCUCUGUCUAUUGUUUUCUUCUGUUUUUACAUACAACGUAAUUUAGUGGGUAUGAAUGUAUAUAGUUUUUAUGUGUAUACGUAUGUGCGAUGUGUGCCCAGUAUGAGAUUAUAUGUCACAGUUAUCUUCUUGUCUAUGCACAAAUAUAUUUUGAUAUAAAACUAA